UCAGACUCAGCGCAGCUCCGGUUCCUCGGUGUUUCCUCCGGUAACUCAUCAUCAUGUUCCGCGUGUGUCCUGCGCUGCUGCUGGUGUGUGUGAGUGUGUUCGGGCUGUGUGUGUGCGUGUCCGCGGAUCUUCCCAGAGACUUCGGAGUGAAGCUGUGCGGCCGCGAGUUCAUCCGGGCGGUGAUCUUCACCUGCGGCGGCUCCCGGUGGCGGAGAGCGGACACACCGAGCGGUGAGGUGUGGCUGGACCCCCAGCAGGACCCUCUGGAUGGAGCCGGUUCUCCUGAAGUCGGUUCUCCUGAUGCCAGUUCUCCUGGUUCUCAUCGAUGGUCUCUCUCCGGGGUUCUGCAGCUGCUGGCGGGGGCCCGGGUCAAGGCUCCACAGAUCGGGCUGAGGGCGUGGCUGCAGACGCUCUCCUCCUCCUCCUCGGGCCCCGCGUGGCCCCGCCCCGACCGCAGGAAGAGGAACUUCUCGGUGGGUUUGGCGGGAAUGUGCUGCAAUCAGGGCUGCACCAAAAACGACAUCGGCCGGCUGUGCUGAGGACGGACUGACAGACAGACAGACAGAGCUACACUC